UGACGUUGCUGUGGUCAGCUCUUCAGUAGCCAGUCGAAGCUGAAGCCACUUCUUACUCAGACUCACAGAAGCCGAAGUAAAUGCAGCGACCACAGGAGAAGCCGCAGAUCGAGCCGAUCCGUUUGCUGCUUUGUUGAAGUUGCAGCUUUUUGUGACGGCCUGAUCACAUAUAAAAUGUGAAAGGAAGUAACUCCAAAAGGAGUGGGGCUGGCCAGACUAACAGAGCCAAGUCAGUGAGAAGAGUUCCUCAAAACAAAAAUAAGACAUCAUAAUUCACAGUGAUCAGCUUCACUCUCUGCCCACUCCUCUGAUCACAGACGAAACCCAGAGACGCUCAUCAGAAACCUGAACAUGGCAGUUUAUGGUGAAAUGAUUCUGUGGAGCUUCGUGUUCCUGCUGGCAGCUGCUGUGGGUCAAACUGUGAUCUAUUCUCUCACGUCUACCUGUGCUGUCAGAGGAUCCACUGUCACCCUCCCCUGCACCUUCACACCUCGGAAGUCUUUCAAUGAUGGUUGGAGAGAAGUUCCACUAAAGAUCGUCAGAGUCCGCUGGUGUAAGAACCAUGAGAUCUGUCAUCGUGGCACUCCGUCUGUGUUUGACAGUAACUCAGCAAACAGCGAUCCUCGUUAUCAAUAUCUGGGAGACAUGAAGACAAACUGCACUUUACAGAUCAGAGAUGUUCAGCAGGGAGACAGCGCAACCUUUCGCUUCAGGAUGGAAGCUGAUCAUCCUGAAGGACAUUUUACUAACACAACAGGAGUGACUGUCAGAGUUGAUGAUUUGACCAAAAUGAGAAUAAUCAGCUCCAGUGAUGAUAAAAAGUUGAGCAGAGGUGAAACCGUCACACUGCUCUGUGCUUCAGUCUGCACUUUCCACCAACUGGAAGUCACCUGGUUCAAAGAUGGUCACGCCCUCUCAGAGACUGGCCCCUCCCUCCUUCUCUGCCCUCUGACUGCAGAGGAUUCUGGGAACUACACCUGUGCUCUGAAGAAGAACAUGAAGACUCUCUCUGAGCCGUACAGCCUGCAGGUGGAGGCUGGAGCAGCUGACGGUGUCCUUCGUCUGGUACUUGGGGUGGUGUUUGGUCUCCUGCUGGCUGUGAUCCUGCUCGUACUCUUCAUCUUCAUCAUCAAAAGGAAGCUGGCAGCAGCAGAGCAUCAGAGGGCUGUGGGAGGUGAUCCGGAGCAGAAGCAUCCUGAUAGCAUCUACAGCAACAUCAUGAAGUCUGCACAAACUGAGGCAGCUCAGCAGCAGGAACCCGGCCGAGCCGUGGAGGACGUCAGCUACGCCUCCGUCCAGUUCAAACAGAAGAAACAGGAGGGCAGGCGCUUUCAGGCAGCCGACGAUGACGUUGUCUAUUCCUCAGUGUCCAGUCGAGGAUGAAUCGCAGCUCUCUCACUCCCUCCAUCCACCAAUCAGCUGCAGGAAGCUGUGAGCUGUGGCAGUUUGUGUUAAUCUGUUUGAUGCUUUAAUGAAGCUGCUGCUCCACUCUGACUUUAAUACAGAACUAUUAAAAAACCUCAGAGAGAUGGACCAAAGGUGUAUCUGCAAAAGCUCUGUGGUGCAGAGCAUGUGUGCUGUAAGGUGGAGGAAGUCAUGAAUGCAGCUCAGUCCAGACUGGAACGCUGUUGUCCUGUCCAUGUCGGGAAUAACUCACAAUCUAAUUAUUUGUUUCUGGGCUCCCAUAAUCUGCUCUACACUUUCUCUGUUAUUCCACAUCCAUUAUUUUCCCAGUCAUCUGGAAGCUGGUUUGAAACUCGAGUCUGAGUGAAGGACCCAGCACACUUCUUCUUACAGCGCUCAUUAAACCAGCAGGAGGAAAAAUACAACAUUGCAGACUUUAAACUCUUCAGAGUCUGAGCUGCUUUUCUCUGAUCAGCUCGUCUGGUUGUUCUGAGAACAAAACCUAAAACUUUAUGUUGCUGAACCACAACCAUCAUUGUGUCCUCCACAUGCUGCUCGAUUUGAGCCGAGCGAUCUGCACAGAAUUCACUUUUAUAGCCGUACAGAUGAUUAAGUUUAGGAUUAGAAAGCCUCGUUGGUCCCAGGCCUGUAUCACUGCCACUCAACUCAUUUGAUCCUUCAUCGUCUCUGUGAUUGUCACACGUUUGGUUAGUGAUCACAUGUCUGCAAAACCUCAGUAGAUGUGUGAGAAAAUGAGCCGAACCUUCACUUAAACCUCAUUAAAUGUUUCCCAAUGAGUUAAAGGCUCAUCUUCAGUUUGAAGCUUUGCUGAGUGAAACAUGAAGUUCAUUUUCCAAGUGCUGAUGAUAGAGGAGCGUUUGCUUUAUGGGGUUCAUUUCCAUAGUUCUUCUGCUUUACUCGAGCACUUAAAGCACUUUACACAACAUGCCUGAUUCACCCUUUCAUAAAAGCACUUUCUGUCUACAUUCACACACAUUCAGAGUCGCUCAUAGUUCAGUAUCUCGCCCACGCAGACGUCCCAUAUGCAGAAAUGGAAUUGAAUAUCCAGCUUAUUUUUACCCUGUCAUGGCUGCCAGAGCUGUAUGAGUCCACUUCUUUAUACCAGCACUGGCAACAUAUUAAGACUUCCUCAGAAGCUUUGCAGCUUGAUCGCAGGACUUUGGAGGAAGGAAGUAGUUCUCCUGUUAUUUUCAGGUAUUAUUUUGUCUAUUUUUAAAUGAUCCAAAAGCCGUACGAGCCUGCGGUGGUCUCGGUUUCACUGUUAGAGCCGCCGCGCUCGUCACAUCUCGAGUCAAAAUACCAAGACAGAGUCUUAAAAACAUGAACCUGUGGUGUCAUGAUGGGCCUUUGGACAUCUUUUAUGUACAGUCUGUGUUUCAGUGUCAGAAAUUCUGUUUUGGUCCAAAAUGUUUUUAUUUGUUAUGAACAUAUUACCUUUUUUUUUUAAAAUCACUUUUAUUUUUCUUCUAUGUUAAU